AUGACUUGAUCUACUCUGCUACCACAGCCGAUCGAAACAACUUGACCCCUCUCAACGCUUGUUCAGGAUUAAAAGUAUCUCCCGGGUGUUUUUCUUGGUGGAUAACCAUGAUGUCUUGCAGAACCGCUUUCUCACCAAAGAAUUUCACGAAAACAGAAGAUUCUAACUCGGAUGUUCAAUUUAGUAGCGAAAAAAACAAGACAAACUCAUAUGCAUCCGAUCACAGUAGUACGUCACAAACAGCUGUCUGCUUGUUUAAAAAAUAUCUUAUUACAAGAUCGCAGUAUAACAUGGGUAAAACCAAUUACAUGGAUGGAUCGCAAGUUAUCGAGAGGAAAACUGCUGCCCGCCCUCUGUUGCCUCCUAAAUCUUGUUGCAAUUUGAAUCGACCCCCUUCUUUCUUAGAGCAAGGAUUACUUCCAGGACUUGGGUGUGAUGCGUUACAACCAAAUUUAACGGACGACAAGCCUUCAACCUCACAGCUUACAAUAUUCUACGCAGGGGCUAUUUCUGUCUUCGACAAUGUUCCUGCUGACAAGGCCCAAGCAAUUAUGCUUCUUGCAGGUGAAAGCUCUUUCUCAAAACCUGUUGUCACAGAAAAGCCGACUGCAGGCCUUCCAAUGGCAAGAAGCUAUUCUAUCCAAUGUUUUCUUGAAAAGCGCCGGGGCAGGAAAAUAAACAAAUCUCCUUAUGCUCCUCCCAUUUUAAGAAAUGAUGAUGAAGAAGACGAGCUGGAGGGAGCAAUGGACAGUGGGUGCCACCAAACUAAUAGCUUUAUUCUUUCCCCUUUCCCUUCGCGUUUAGGUCAUUUUUAAUCACAUGUAUCGGUUGAUCAUGGGCGAGAUAAGGAAUACGUACGGAUCAUGUGCCCAAGAUAUAUUCUU